AUGAGGCUCUGGGUCUGCAUCGCGUUGCUCUCCGUUGUUCUGUGUGUGAGUGCUGACAGACCAAGGAUAGUCGAAAAAAUAGUCAGUGCUGGAAAAUUUGCCCGGGAUGCAGUAGGAGGGGCACGGGAUAUGUUCAGAGCAUACAAGGACAUGCGUGAGGCAAACUACAAAGGUGCUGACAAGUAUUUCCAUGCCCGUGGGAAUUAUGAUGCUGCCCGGCGAGGACCUGGUGGUGCUUGGGCAGCAAAAGUGAUCAGCGACGCCCGGGAGGGCUGGCAGAGCCGCGUGAGCGGCAGAGGCGCCGAGGACACCCGGCUGGACCAGGAGGCGAACAGAUGGGGCCGGAGGGGCGGGGACCCGAACCGCUACCGGCCCAAGGGGCUGCCCAGCAAGUACUAG